UGCCGUUCAUGUGGAUAACCCACCCAGCAUCCCAACCCUGACUACCAGUUAUGUUCACGGCAUAUCCUCCCAUUCGCUGCUCUCAAGUACUGUGGACCAGUGUCUUCAACACUCAGUGGAGCGCCACCCUGACCGUGAAGCUUUGGUUUUUAUGCAGAAUGGAAUGCGCAAGACUUUUGCUCAGUUCUACCAAGACGUGGAACAGACUGCUGCAGGUCUGCUGGCUGUCGGACUGAAGAGGGGCGAUCGCUUAGGGAUGUGGGGACCGAACAUCUAUGAGUGGAUACUUAUGCAGUUUGCCACAGCUAAGACAGGGAUCAUUUUGGUUUCAGUGAACCCGGCUUAUCAAUUGCAAGAGGUAGAAUUUGCACUCAAAAAGGUGCAGUGCAAUGCAGUCGUUUGUCCAACACAAUUCAAGACCCAAAGGUACUGUGACAUGUUAAGGCAGCUUUGUCCGGAGAUGGAGACAGCCUCUUCUGGAGGAAUCAAGAGUUCAAGACUACCAGACCUGCACACUGUGAUCGUAACUGACAGUCAGCAGCCUGGAGCUUUCCAUUUGAAAGAUGUGAUGCAAGCAGGAAGCAGCCAACACUAUCAACAACUACAAGACCUGCAGAAGAAACUCAGUUGUGAUGAUCCCAUAAACAUUCAGUUUACUUCGAAAAAUGUGCGAAUCUGCUUGCCUGUGCCGUUGUAUCACUGUUUUGGCUCAGUGGGUGGUGGUAUGGUCAUGGCUGUGCAUGGCACCACAGUGAUUUUCCCAUCCACCGGGUAUGAUGGACAUGCCAACCUGGUGGCGAUAGAGAAAGAGAAGUGUACAUUUAUGUACGGCACCCCUACAAUGUUUAUUGACAUGCUUAGUCAGCCUGACCUGGCCCAGAUUGAUUUUUCAUCAGUUGAGGGUGGUAUUACUGCCGGGUCUCCUUGUCCACCUGAGGUCAUCCGUAAGGUCAUCAAUGCCACAGGUGCUAAGGAAAUGCUGAUUGCGUACGGCACAACCGAAAACAGCCCUGUCACAUUCUGCGGCUUUCCAAUUGACAGCAUUGAGCGAAAGACAGAGACUGCUGGAUGUAUUUGCCCCCACACUGAGGCAAAAGUAGUGAACCCUACUACAGGAGAGAUCGUGCCUCUGGGUGCUCAGGGAGAGCUGAUGAUCAGGGGAUACUGCGUGAUGCUGGAAUACUGGAAAGAUGAUGAAAAGACCCAGGAGUGCAUCACAAAAGAUUGCUGGUACAAGACUGGUGACAUUGCCAGUUUGGACGGGUACGGAUACUGCAAAAUAGAUGGUCGCAUCAAGGACUUGAUCAUCCGAGGAGGAGAAAACAUCUACCCUGCUGAAAUCGAACAGUUUCUGCACACACACCCUCAAAUUCAAGAAGCACAGGUGGUUGGAGUGAAGGAUGAGAGAAUGGGUGAGGAAGUUUGUGCUUGCAUUAGGCUCAAGGCUGGUCAGGAAUGCACUGCAGAAGAGAUCAAGGCCUACUGCAAAGGAAAGCUUGCCCAUUACAAGGUGCCACGCUAUGUAACGUUUGUUCAGGGAUAUCCUCUGACUGUCACAGGCAAGAUCCAGAAGUACAAACUGCGCGAGCAGGCAGAAAAACUGCUUGGACUGUGAUCGCUAAAGCACCUGUGGUAUUUUUAAAAACAUUUACAAGCAGGACAUCAACCUCGGGACUUUAUGAGUUACUCAAAUAUAUUGAGAUUUCAUUGUUUUACAAGCCAUGUUUAUAAUUAAGUUAUGUUUUAUACAUUGUUGAUUAUACCCUGUUAUG